AUGUGUGUCACUCGUGCCUUAUCUGGCUUGGGACUCGCGAUAGCCUCGCCCGCUGCCUUUGGGAUCAUUGGCGUCAAUAUCCGACAGGAGCCUGCCCGCACGAUCGUCUUUGCUGCAUUCGGAUUGGGCAACCCGAUGGGAGCAGCCUUCGGGUGUAUCAUCGCAGGAGUCAUGUCCAGCAUCGGACAGGGUAGCUGGUCUUAUCUGUUCUACCUUCUUGCCGGCGCGGCCAUCGUCUUGCUCGUCAUCGCCUACUUUGUCGUCCCUCCUGACCCUCCGUCGGUGUCUGGCAAGGACCUGCGGAUCGACUGGAUCGGUGGAGCACUCGUCACUGCGUCCGUAUGCCUCUUCACCUUUAGUCUGACCGAGUCCGGAGUUGCGUCAGAAGGGUGGAAAGCACCUCGUAAGUGA